AUGAACGCCCAGCUGUCGAUGGAGAAUAUUGGCGACCUGCACGGAGUGAGCCAUGAGUCUGUGGCCGGCCACGGAGAGCUGCUGGGCGGCCACAGUCCGCAUUCCCGUCCGGGCCCCCGGGGUCUGAGCCACCGCGCUAUGGGCAUGGCGACCCUGCUGGACAGCGGAGACUAUCACCCCAGCCACCCCGGACACCUGCAUCCAGCCAUCAGCAUGUGCGAAGCCCCCCCUGGCAUGAGUGCGAGCAGCACUUACACCACCCUUACACCCCUGCAGCCCUUACCCCCCAUUUCCACCGUGUCCGACAAGUUCCCUCCCCAUCAUCACCACCACCAUCCUCAUCAUCCUCACCCACAUCCCCACCAGAGGAUCCCCGGAAAUGUCAGCGGCAGCUUCACGUUGAUGCGCGAGGACCGGGGUCUGGCGCCUAUGAACAGUCUCUAUCCCGCAUAUCAUCACAAGGAUCCCUGCAUGGGUCAAAGUCUCUCCCCGUUGUCUGGUUCCGGUCUGGCCAGCAUACACACCUCUCAGGCCGGCAUCCCGCCCUACGCUCAUCCCGGUGCAGCCAUGCCGGGGGAGAAGAUGCUCACCCCCAGCGGGUUUGAGGCUCACCACCCGGCCAUGCUCGGCAGACACACGGAGCAGCACAUGAGCUCCUCGGCGGGCAUGGUCCAGAUCAACGGCCUCCACCAUCACCCGCACGCCCAUCUCGGCGCGCAAGGGCAUGGCCAGGGGCUUGGGAACAGCCGGGAGCAGGCCUCCGGGCCCGGGCAGCAAGGGGGCGGCGGAGGAGGGGGUGGUGUUUCAGGGGGACAGAUGGAGGAGGUGAAUACCAAAGAGGUGGCGCAGAGGAUCACCACAGAGCUGAAGCGCUACAGCAUCCCUCAGGCCAUCUUUGCCCAGCGCGUCCUGUGCAGGUCCCAGGGGACCCUGUCCGACCUACUGAGGAACCCCAAACCCUGGUCCAAACUCAAGUCCGGCAGAGAGACCUUCCGCCGCAUGUGGAAAUGGCUGCAGGAGCCUGAGUUCCAACGCAUGAGCGCGCUCAGGCUCGCAGGUGAGCGAAGCCUCGCAUGUAAGCGUAAAGAGCAGGACCAUGGGAGAAGUGAGCGGGGAAGCGUGUCCAAAAAGCCCCGGCUGGUGUUCACUGAUGUGCAGCGGCGGACACUUCACGCCAUCUUCAAAGAGAACAAGCGUCCAUCCAAAGAGCUGCAGGUCACCAUCGCCCAGCAGCUGGGCCUGGAGCUGGCCACAGUCAGCAACUUCUUCAUGAACGCACGCCGCCGGAGCCUCGAUAAGUGGCUGGACGACGGCUCCAGUCACCCAGCCAACUCUGGCCCCAAUGCCUGCACCAAAGCCUGA